CAGAAAUUGUCGUGCGAUGGUAAUUGCGACCUGGAAAGACACUUGCUGAGGGAUAACUCGUAAGAUAUUUGCCCCUCAGGGAAGAUGUCUAUCAAGAGUAUGUGGAUUUUCAUCGUUCUUUUGGUUCCUGCAAGUCUGAGUGAAGACGCACAGACUCAGUUUGUACUGCUCAACCAUUCUUCAUCUCUGUGGUGCCCGGCGGAAGGUGGACCGGCUCCUCGCAUUGUGUGGAGAAAGAAUGGCGCUGUUGUGCAAAAUAGCACGAGUGUUCGACUGCUAAUCAACGUUACUAAUGAAGAAAGGAAUACAAACUACAGCUGCGAGGUGGACAGCCAUGGUCAGUUGAAGAGGAAAAAUAUCAGUCUCGUUUUCGAGAGCUGUCCUGAACCAUGUCGAUGCACAGUUCUGAAAGGUAACAUGAAGGGCAUACAUGUUGAUUGUGAAAGAAAACGGCUAACAUCAGUUCCACAGAACAUUCCGAGAGCUACAGUAAAACUGGACCUGUCUUACAAUGAGUUGAAGGAUUUGUCCUCAAGAGUAUUCGAUCCACUUUACAACUUAAAGAAACUGGACCUGUCUUACAAUGAGUUGAAGGAUUUGUCCUCAGGAGUAUUCGAUCCACUUUACAACUUAACGAAACUGGACCUGUCUAACAAUGAGUUGGAGGAUUUGCCCUCAGGAUUGUUCGAUCCACUUUACAACUUAACGAAACUUGACUUGUCCUCUAACCAACUGGAGCAGUUACCUUCAGGAGUUUUCAAUCAGUCCAUAAUGCUUUCAGAGCUAUUCCUGAACAACAACAACUUAAGGAAUUUGUCCUCUGAUCAACUACCUCGGAGGUCAACGUGGUACACAUUUCAAAACCUAACCCUGGAUUUCAACAAACUGGAGACGCUGCCAUUUGAUCUGUUCAAGGACCAUAAAUUUAAUGAUCUCUGGCUGGGAAACAACUACAUCAAGACGUUACCUGAAAGACUGUUUGCCGGGCAAACAAAGUUAAGACGCUUGCAUUUGGGCGGCAACCAACUAAAGAAGCUACCACGCGACAUAUUUCAUGGAUUGACUAACUUGGAGGAACUAGACUUGUCAUACAACCAGUUGCACAACUUGUCUCGAGGCAUUCUGAGCACAAAUACUAAGCUGAAAAAAUUGGAUUUGUCGAACAACGCGAUUAAGCGUCUGCCAUCGUAUGUUUUCGGAAACCUCACUGAGUUGAAAAGGCUCGUUCUGUCCAGUAACGGACUUCAGCGUUUGCCAAGGUUCAACAAUCUCUCCAAGAUAGAAAUAUUAUACAUGGAAAACAACAAGCUUUUGGCCCUGUCACCGGAUCAGUUCCAAGGCCUGCCCAACCUGUUAGAGCUGGUUGUUUAUAACAACAGUAUCGAAUAUCUACCACGUGAAGUUUUUAAAGGCGCGAAAAACAUCCUGUCUAUGGACUUUCAUCUAAACAAAAUCCCUGCAGUAACUAAGGAACAAUUCAAAGAUGUCGCACCAAACAUUCGAUUCUUGUACCUUCAUUACAACGAGAUGCAGGAAUUACCAAAAGGAUUUUUCUCCAACAUGAAGGAAUUAAUAACAACGACUGUAGACACAAGCCUGAUGUGUUGCCAUUUGACGAAAGUGGACGCGGAUUGCGACUUUGCCUACGUCGACCGCUUUGCCAGUUGCGAGACUAUGUUCAGAAAUCGAGCUCCUAGGAAGUGUGUUUGGGUUAUUAGUGUCACGUCUCUGGUUGGAGCUGUGUUUGUCAUCACGUGGCGAAUGGUCUACAGGGAGGAAAAUAUUGCACAGUCAAUCAUGUUGAUACACUUGGCGGUAUCUGAUGGCUUAAUGGGUGUUUACCUAAUCAUUAUAGGUUGGAAGGAUGCGAUGUGGGCAGGCAAAUACUACUUGCAUGACUUCAACUGGCGAACGAGUUUGUCAUGCCAGAUAUCUGGUGCAAUCGCUGUGUUGUCAAGCGAGGUGUCAAUGAUGCUUCUUUCUCUAAUCUCUGCUGACAGGCUUAAAAAUAUUGUGUUCCCUUUCAGUGUUAAUGGACUAACCAACAAAGCCACUCAUACCUUGUGCUUUGCUAUCUGGAUAAUCGGUUUCAUAGUUGCUUUCCUUCCUACUAUUGGCAUUCAGUAUUUUAAAGGUCGUCACUUCUAUGGCAGAUCUGUUGUUUGUCUCCCACUUAAACUCUCCAGUGAUAAGGCACCUAGUUGGGAAUAUUCUGUGGCUGUCUUUAUUGGGUUGAACUUGGCAUUUCUUGCCUUUGUCAUUGUGGCCUAUCUUGCAAUAGUUAUAAACAGAUGUCAGGUUCAGUCGAUGUCAGCUAACACCCAGCGAGAGACAGCUCUUGCCAAACGUGUGUUUUUCAUCAUCCUGACCGACUGUAUCUGCUGGAUGCCCAUCAUUGUGAUUGGACUCAGGUCCAUCGUGGAAAAGUCGUUCAGGACACGAGGAGAUCUCGAAGUGUGGAUUGCAGUGUUUUUUCUUCCCUUCAACUCUGCCAUAAAUCCGAUCCUAUACACCUUGUCCACCACACAGUUUCGAGACGUUCUCAAGGCAAAAUGGCAACAGCUGUGCAACUACUUUAUGACAAAGUGUGGUCGAACCCAAGCUGGAAAAGAAUCAGCCAAAGAAGCCGAAGAGGAACCUGAAAAAGAGCAAGAAGAGGUUCACAAACAUGAGCACCCAGGGGAAGAACAUACUGAACUCCAACUCCAAGGGCAGCUGAUCACAAAAUACGCGGAGACUGCUAAGCCAGAAAAGCCCGAAACUGAGCCUAAUAAUUUUUAUGAAACAAUAGAAGCACUGCCAACGGAAACAAAGACUGAAGGUCAUAAAAAGUCACAGAAAAAUAUUGCAGCAAAUUCCGAAUAUGAGGAGCCACACACAGAUUUUGUAGGAGAUGAGGACAAAUCUACUGGAAAAGAGCAAAACAAAACAGAUGUUGACAAUGAUCACUCAGCAGCUCAAGGAACAGCAGGAGAUCCUCAGAUCAACUCUGAUGAGGUAGUGGAAGAGACAGUGUGGGAAACAGAUGUAUAAUCAGGAAAUGCAUGCGGAAAAAAUACCCUGUGUACUUGCUGUUUGUCAGGUUUUAAUUAUUAACUCAUCAGGCUUCCCCAAAGAUGAUCGUCCUUUUAGACAUCACAUUUUGGCAAUUUGUCAUCUAUGUGCUUUUUUUUUAGGGAUAGUUUUAGAUACAACUGCCUGCUAACCGACAGAAUGCUAGGUAGUUCAAGCCUAAUACAUGUAAUUAAUGUAUUAAAGUAAUAUAUAUGAUAUACGUCUUGAUCAGUUACUAGAUUUUCUAAUUCUUAGCCAUUACUUCAGGUAUUUUGUGAAACGUACUCUUUAUGUAGUAAAUGAAAUCUGCAGUUAAAGAGGAGACUGCGAUCAAAAUCAUUUUUCCAUCGGAUAUAAAAGCGGGAUAAACCAGGGUCGGCGAUUAAUACCUUUCUAAAAGGUACUAGAAGAUAUUGAAACAGUUCUAUUUACAUCGGACACAGUCCCAAAACGAAACGUAGUACUGUGCAUGGCAAUCCUCACAGUAAAGCAAAAGUGAUAAUUAGUUCAAAAGUUAAUUCAGUGAAUAAUCUUGAUCUCAGAUUUAAAACGGGGGCGUAGGCGCACUUCUAAUCUUGGAUUGUACCAUUCUUCACUGGGUAUGCGAGCACAGAAACUUAUAGAACAACUGAUAGAAUGUUUCGAGAAUUCUCUAUGCGCCCAAAGGCAUGUUUAUAGUGAAGUUCGGUAAAUACUGGAAAAAUCAAACCAAUUGAGAGUAACCAUAGAGAUUUCAGAGGCUCAUAGUGUUUACAAGAGUGCUCUUAGUUGGAGACUAUAGAACGUGUUACUCUUUUUGUAUUAAAAAUAUUCAUUACUCACUGAUAUUUCAACUUUUAAGUAGCUCUAAGUGGCCACAUUGAAUAACAGUGCUUAGCCACAUUUCAUAUCUAAUCAACUACACACACCAUACUAGGCUGGGUGUGGGAGUUGGAUAAUUCAUUUUUUAUCUGGCCCAUUCAUAUAUUCUGAUUUGCUGCUAAAUAAGGAUUAACAUUAAGUUUGGUAAAAGCUUGAACAAAUCUCAGGGGAAAAUGUAUAACAAUUUUGACAAGUUAAAACACAUAUCGUCAGUGUGUCUAGAAUUAUCACCACAGAGGAAGUCGUUAUUGCCCCGUUUAUAAACAGUUGUCAAGCUUGCUUAAC